GACCGCUUCGCGCGGCCCGACUUCAAGGACAUCUCCAAAUGGAACAACAGGGUGGUCAGCAACCUCCUCUACUACCAGACCAACUACCUGAUGGUGGCCGCCACCGUCGUCUCCAUCGUGGGAUUCCUGAGCCCCCUGAACAUGCUUAUUGGUGGCACUGUGGUGGUUCUGGUGUUCAUGGGCUUCGUGUGGAUGUCGCACAACAAGGACAUACUCCGCAAGCUGAAGAAGCAGUACCCAACCACCUUUGUAGUGGCCAUUAUGCUGUCCAGCUACUUCCUGAUCUCCUACCUGGGAGAUGUCAUGGUGUUCAUGUUUGGGAUCACUCUUCCUCUGCUCCUGAUGUUUGUCCAUGCUUCCCUGAGGCUCCGGAACAUAAAGAACAAACUGGAGAACAAAAUGGAAGGAAUUGGUUUGAAGAAGACCCCUAUGGGCAUCAUACUGGAUGCUCUAGAACAACAGGAGGAAAGCAUCAACAAACUGGCUGACUACAUAUCUAAAGUGAAGGAAUAAACAACUGUAACAUGGCAUUUUUUCCUGUUGCAGGAGUGUAGUUGCUAUUUACUAUUGUUCACGCUUGCUUUCAGUUGGUGUACAAAGCAGGGAAUGCACAUGUGGCACAGAUUAAUACUUGCAGGAUACAGGUAUUCAGGGCUCCUCUAAGAAUAAGGAGAGUAACUUUUCUAUUGUAUAGCAAAAUGUUUUGGUGUUUACACAAAUACAUACUAACUUAAACCUA